GUAACAUAACAUACUUAAUAAAUAAAAGUAAACACUCUUUUACUUUAUAAAUACCUAUCCCUUAGUCCAAAGUCUCUUCCAUUUUCUGUAUCUACAAAAUCCUCUUCAUAUUAUAUACUAAUUUGCAACCAAAAACUUAAAUCUUCUCUUUCCUUUCCUUACAAGGUGAAGAAAUGGACUUCCAAAGUGAUCUAACAAGAGAGAUCUCACCACAAAGGAAACUAGGAAGGGGGAAAAUUGAGAUCAAACGGAUCGAAAACACGACGAAUCGACAAGUGACAUUCUGCAAGAGGCGCAAUGGUUUGCUAAAAAAGGCUUAUGAAUUGUCUGUGCUCUGUGAUGCUGAGGUUGCUUUGGUUGUCUUCUCAAGCAGAGGCAGACUCUAUGAGUAUGCCAACAACAGUGUGAAAGCAACAAUCGAGAGGUACAAGAAAGCAUGCUCAGAUUCCUCAAACACUGGUUCAGUAUCCGAGGCCAAUGCUCAGUAUUACCAGCAAGAAGCCUCCAAACUGCGUGCACAAAUUGGAAAUCUGCAGAACCAAAACAGGAACAUGCUGGGUGAAUCUCUUGGUUCAAUGAACGGCAAAGACCUGAAGAGUCUGGAACAAAAACUUGAAAAAGGGAUUAGCAAAGUCCGAUCCAAAAAGAAUGAGCUGUUGUUUGCUGAAAUUGAGUAUAUGCAGAAGAGGCAGGAAGUUGAUUUACACAACAACAAUCAGUACCUGAGAGCAAAGAUUGCUGAAACUGAGAGAGCUCAGCAUCAGCAUCAGCAGAUGAACUUGAUGCCAGGGAGUUCAUCAAGCUAUCAUGAGCUUGUGCCUCCACCUCAGCAAUUCGAUACUCGAAACUAUCUACAAGUUAAUGGAUUUCAAACCAACAACCAUUACCCUAGACAAGACCAACCCCCUAUUCAACUAGUCUAAUGUGCUUGAGAGAUGGUCUUCUUUCUGAUGUGAUCUACAUAUAAUCCACAAAAGAAGACUACUAUUAAGCUUGAAGAUUAUUGGAACUGAAGAUGAUCAACUUAAGUAUGUAUACCAUAUUAUAUUAAUUACUUGUUGCAUGAGCUAAGACUCUUGAAUAUUGUAUGUUAAUUAAGUGGACAUGUAUUUUUUUGCUUGGUGUACUUCCUUUUCAGGCAGUAAACUAUGAAGAAUUAUGCUUGUUAUAUUAAGUUCAUAACUGUUUUUCUGUCC